GUAAUGGGUUUGUAAUUCGAAUUCCACCCGAAGAAAUUGAGUAACGGAAUGGGAAUUCUCGAUUCGGGGAGAUAUUCAUAGCAGGAGGAACAAUCAAGCAGCGGGCUAGGGUUUUUGUCGAUUCGGUCUAGAUAGUGCAAAACCCGAAGCUGUUCCUGAAAUUAGGGUUUUUUUCUCUUUGUUUCCCUUUUACGGUUUUGUGAUCCCUCGAUUUCUUUUUGCCGUCUUCAUUCAUGGCGGAUGGAUACUGGAAUCAGCAGCAGCAUCUUCCGCGGGCUCCGAAGCGUCCCCGUCCUGAGUUCGAAGCACUGCCUUCUGCAAUGCCUUCAGGCCAUGGAAUGCACGGUUAUAUGCCACGGGAUGACGAUCGUGGUAUCUUUCAAUCAGUCAAGGAUACCGAAACGAUUGAUUCAGCUUAUGACCGCUACCUGCAGAGUGUGCAAAUGCCUUCUGUGCCUUCCGGGGAAGCUGUUCCCUAUAACGGAGUCGGUUUGGGAAGAGCAAGAGGUAAUGCAAUGCCUGGCCCAUCCAUGGGUGAUCCUCUGAUGGGGCGUGGUGGAGUUCUUCCUCCAGAUUUCGGGCCAAAUGGCCGGCCUACCGGUUAUGGUAAACAACCACCAUUCGACGGAGUUGGCAGGCAUGACCAUGAUGCGCUUCCUCUACCUCGCGAUGCUUCCAACACUUUAUAUGUUGAAGGACUUCCUUCUAAUUGCUCAAGGAGAGAAGUAGCUCAUAUAUUUCGACCUUUUGUGGGAUAUAAAGAAGUGAGGCUCGUGACCAAAGAAUCUAAACAUCGGAACGGAGAUCCUGUUGUUCUUUGUUUUGUUGAUUUUAUAAAUCCCGCCUGUGCAGCUACUGCUUUGAGUGCCUUGCAAGGUUAUAGAAUGGAUGAAACUGAUCCAGAAUCCAAGUUUUUGCGGCUCCAAUUCUCCAGGAACCCAGGUCCAAGGCCUGUAGCACGUGGAAGGAGGUGAACCAGCAAUCUCAUGGUCCAUAAUUUAUUCCUCCAUGCUUUUUUCCAGCAAGGAAACCCCCCCUCCCUCCUUCAAGUAGAUUCUCUGCAAAAAAACAAAAACAACCAUUUGGAGAUCUGCUGCUCAAUGGAUGAAUCCAGUGCCCUAACAAAGAGCAAUGGAUGUUCAUAUGGAAUUUGCUACAUUAAGGUGAUUGGAUCAAACUCUUCUGCUUCUUUUUUUUUUCUUGCCGCCUGGAAACCUUUGCAUAGUCUCUGUUAUCCUCCUUUCCUAAUUUGAUGAGCUUUGUAUUGUAACAAAUACUGCCGAGACGAAAUUGUCGAAAACUUCUCCUUUUUGUUAAGGAGAUGUACACAAUCUCGGAAUAUUAGACUAUGAAUGUUGAUAGUUUUUAUUUUGAAUUUUU